CCUUUCACCUGUGUUUCAGGAACCAUAUCGGAAAUGCAGUUCUCUGGAAAGCCAGACUUACCUACCCCACUCACCAAUUUGAAGAUUCAGUAUACUAAGAUCUUCAUAAACAAUGAAUGGCAUAAUUCAGUGAGUGGCAAGAAGUUCCCUGUCCUCAAUCCUGCAACUGAGGAGGAAAUCUGCCAGGUAGAAGAAGGGGAUAAGGCAGAUGUUGACAAGGCAGUGAAGGCUGCAAGACAGGCUUUCCAGAUUGGUUCUCCAUGGCGUACUAUGGAUGCUUCGGAGAGGGGACGCCUGCUCUUCAAGCUGGCUAAAUUAAUUGAAAGAGAUCGUCUGCUCCUAGCAACAAUGGAGUCAAUUAAUGGUGGAAAAAUAUUUCAUUCAACAUACCUGAUGGAGUUAGGAGGGUGCAUAGAAACAUUACAGUACUUUGCAGGCUGGGCUGACAAGAUCCAUGGCUACACCAUACCAAGUGAUGGAGAUGUUUUCACUUAUACAAGACGUGAACCUAUUGGUGUUUGUGGCCAAAUCAUUCCUUGGAAUUUUCCGCUAGACAUGCUCAUUUGGAAGAUAGCACCUGCUCUUAGCUGUGGAAACACAGUGAUUGUCAAACCAGCUGAGCAAACUCCCCUCACUGCUCUUCAUGUUGCAUCUUUAAUAAAAGAGGCAGGGUUUCCUCCUGGCGUGGUGAACAUCGUCCCUGGUUAUGGGCCAACUGCAGGGGCAGCCAUCUCUUCUCACAUGGACAUCGACAAAGUGGCCUUCACGGGAUCAACAGAGGUUGGCAAAAUAAUCAAAGAAGCGGCGGGUAAAAGCAAUCUGAAGAGAGUCACCCUGGAGCUCGGGGGGAAGAGCCCCUGCAUCGUGUUUGCUGAUGCUGACUUGGAGCAGGCCGUUGAAUUUGCACACCAAGGGGUAUUCUUCCAUCAGGGCCAAAUGUGUAUAGCUGCAUCCAGGCUUUUUGUGGAGGAAUCAAUUUAUGAUGAGUUUGUGAGAAGGAGUGUUGAGCGGGCUAAGCAGUAUAUUCUUGGAAAUCCUCUGACUCCAGGAAUAACUCAAGGCCCUCAGAUUGACAAGGAACAACAUAAUAAAAUACUGGACCUCAUUGAGAGUGGGAAGAAAGAAGGGGCCACACUGGAAUGUGGAGGAGGACCCUGGGGGAACAAAGGCUACUUUGUCCAGCCCACGGUCUUCUCCAAUGUGACAGAUGAGAUGCGCAUUGCCAAGGAGGAGAUAUUUGGACCAGUGCAGCAAAUCAUGAAGUUCAAAUCUGUAGAGGAAGUGAUCAAGAGAGCUAACAAUACUCCCUAUGGCUUAGCAGCAGGAGUCUUUACCAAAGACCUUGACAGAGCCAUAACAAUCUCCUCUGCUCUGCAGGCGGGAACAGUGUGGGUAAAUUGCUACCUGAUGUCAUCUGCCCAGAACCCCUUUGGUGGAUUCAAGAUGUCUGGAAAUGGACGAGAACUGGGAGAAGAGGGUGUCCUUGAAUACACAGAGAUCAAGACAGUCACAAUGAAGAUCUCUCAGAAGAACUCCUAA